UUAUAAAGAACUGCGCGGCUCUUAACGUGAUUGCACUGGAAAGAGUCCAUCCAGUGUAGUGUAGGCUGUGGGAGCAUUUCUCACCCCUGCCUACUACACUGCACCGCCUGCUCCAUUAGUGUUAGAGGAGGCUUAUGGGGAGCUCAGUAAAGCCACAUUUAGCCUAUGGGCGGAUACACCAGCACUGCCCUCUCCACCUUAGACACACACCAGAGAGGACUGCUUUCCUCUCAGCCUCACAUAUAUCAGGAAAUACUUCUGGAUCUUCACAAGUGAUCGGUGAUCGUGUUGCCUUGUGGAGGACAGGAGCGGAGUGAAGCAUGGAGAAUGUGACAUUAUUUGGAAAUGAUAACAAGACUUUAGGCAUAUGGACCGACCAAAGCAUCGAGUAUAAAGUGGUGAGUGUGCUGCUGGUGCUAGUCAUCUGCGGCGCCGGGAUCGUGGGGAACGUGAUGGUGAUCCUCGUGGUGCUCACGACCAAACACAUGAGGACUCCCACCAACUGCUACCUGGUGAGCCUGGCGGUUGCAGACCUCAUCGUGCUGACGGCGGCAGGUUUACCCAACAUUACAGAAAGCCUGUUCGGGGAGUGGGUGUACGGCUACGGCGGCUGCCUCUCCAUAACAUACCUGCAGUACCUGGGCAUCAACGCGUCCUCUUGCUCCAUUACAGCCUUCACCGUGGAGAGGUACAUCGCCAUCUGCCACCCGAUCAAGGCGCAGUUUCUCUGCACCCUCUCCAGGGCCAAAAAGAUCAUUGUCCUGGUUUGGGCUUUCACCACUCUUUACUGCGUAAUGUGGUUUUGCCUGUCCGACAUCGAAAAGAAGAUCUACGACAACAUCACCUUAACCAUGUGCGCUUACAAGGUGGCGAGGAGAUUCUACAAGCCGAUAUACUUCGCUGAUUUCACUUUGUUCUACGUGGUUCCUCUCCUGCUGGCCUCUGUGCUGUACGGGCUGAUCGCCAGGAUCCUCUUCCUCAACCCCCUGCCGUCGGACCCCAAGGAAAAGGCGCAGACCUGGAGGAAAGGCUCGUGCACAGAGAGCAAAAAGCACUCCAAGAACUCUUCCUUUGGAAGCACAGCGGCCUCGCGAAGACAGGUGACAAAGAUGCUGGUUGUGGUGGUGAUUCUCUUCGCGUUGCUUUGGAUGCCCUAUCGUACACUGGUGGUGGUCAACUCAUUCCUAAAUCAUCCCUACUCCAACGAAUGGUUUUUGCUCUUCUGUCGACUCUGCAUCUACCUGAACAGCGCCAUCAAUCCGGUCAUCUACAAUGCCAUGUCUCAGAAGUUCCGUGCUGCUUUCCGCAAGCUGUGUCACUGCAGGCCAAAAAGCUCACAGAAGCCGGCUACAUACAGCAUGGCACUGACUUACAGUGUAAUCAAGGAGACCUCCAAUGGGCAGAGCCCAGACCACUACCCCACAGAGAUGGAGGAACUUUCAGGGCCUACAAAUGAAUUCCUGCCUGGAAGAAAGAAGCCUUCAUAUAAAGAGUCCUCAUUGUCAGACAGCAUGUUAUCUACAGCCUAGUUUAGAUAGUUGUUCAUAGCCAAUCAUUAAUAAAUCAGUCUUAUUUUUCAAGGUUGAAGACCAAUUUUAGUCUAAUUGUCCAUACAGCAGGGUGUAAUGAUGUAGGCUAAAUAUACAGAAGUGACCCUAAAGCACUAAGUCUCUUCUCUAUAGACUUAGACAGUAUAGAGUGUUAAGUAAAUGAAAACACAGAGAAUGCACAGGAAAUCUCUCAAAUUGUCCUGCCCAGAUGAUUAACAGCCUUGUGCUUGAAGCCCAGCUCCCAUGGGUUAAUACAGCUACUGCACAAUGUAUCAUUGCUAAACACCUCACCCCCCGAGACACUUGUUACAACGAUGGUUUUCACGUUUACAUUCCACUGAAAUAUCAGAAACUGAUUCGCUGUAGUCGCUAUGGAAAUGGAUAGAGGUAUCAAGCCUACAUCCUAUAUCUUAUUUAUUUCAUGUCUAUGUUGUGUUAAUUCUGAUACUGUUUUGAAAGCUUUAAAGAGUGUAACCUUUAAAAAUAAAAUGCAGCCAGGUAGAGCAUUCCGUACAGUGGCAUUGUGUGAGCAUGUUUAGAAGAAAAAAAAAUUUAUUUGCAUAUAUACAUAAGACGAAGAAUAAAAGAGAGGAAGAAUGUACAUCCUGGUCAAUCUUAUUUCAUUAUAUAAAUGUGUUAUUUAAAGUGAAGGUGGUUGGUAUGGCAGUGUAAAAUUUCAUUUUUCUGUUUUUUAUUUUAACUGUAAUGUGUGUAGCUUUAGAUGCAAGUUUGUGUUUCUGGAUGUGGUCUUUGAUAUAGCAUUAAAACUUUAUAUAGGCUGGUUGAAAAUAAUAAUAAUGCACUCUGGUAAAUGUUCCUGUGAUAGAAAAUGUUUGGUCCAAAGGAUACCCCUCUUUACAUAGACUCCGGAAACCGUUCAGAAUGUAUAAUGCCAUACUGUGCAAUCUUUGUAGUUCACUGGGUGAAUGUUUAAAGUAUGCACGUGAUAGUUCUUGCUGUUGUCAUGAAUAUUUAUAUUUUGUAAGUUGCGCCUUGUCUUGAAUAAACUGAUAGAAUGGGAUUAUUAUAAUUUCAUGUUCUUCAGUAGCCACAAU